CCCAAGGUUUGAUUCUGCACAGAGUCAUGUAUCUGAAACUAUGAGGCUUCCACUCCUACGCCAGGACGAUCGGCUUUGGCAACGAGCGAACUUAUACUUCGGCGUCUCUGGCCUGCCCGCCGUUGCUCAGUCUUCCGCCAAGCACUUUUCUCCUACAGCCUUCUACCGUUUGUUGGGCCCGUUGUUGCCUUCAUUACCAUGGCUUUCGAGAACCUGCAGCCCUUGUCCUAUGGCAUUUCCAUAACGCUGUUCCUUCUGGGAACCGCGUCUAUAUUCCUGCGCCUCUAUACUAGAGGCUUCAUCCUGAAAACCUUUGGCUGGGACGAUGUAAUGGCUAUAUUUUUGCUGGCGGUCAACACGAUACAGCAAGUCAUUCUCUUCAUGUUCCUUCACCACGGCUGCGGCAUACACACGUGGCUCCUCAGCUCAGAGCAAAUCCACCAGAUUCUCAAGUGGCUCUUUGUAGAAGAAGUCUUCUAUUAUUUCACGCACUGGGUCAUCAAACAAGCCUUCCUGCUCUUCUACCUUCGUUUGUCACAGCGACCGAAUUUCCAGAAAAUGGUGUGGAUUACUAUGGGCCUCAACACUGCGUUCUUGAUUAUCAAUUGGCUUCUCGCGUUCUUGCAGUGCACCCCAUUCGACGCAAUCUUCCACCCGGAGAACCAUCCAGAGGCCCAUUGCAUGAACUCACUCGUUCUCCUCAUUAUCCCGUCUAUCCUCAACAUCAUAACCGAUGUCAUCAUCCUCGUUCUGCCCAUCCCUACCGUCUGGCAGCUGCAAAUGUCCACGCGACGCAAGGUCGGUGUCCUGGCCGUCAUCGGUUUCGGUGCUGCCGCUGUCCUCAUCUCUGGCUGCCGCAUCAUCAUCCUCUACCAGCUCCACGUCUCCUCCGAUAUAGCCUACAUCCUCGGCAAAAUGGUCAUCAUCGCUUCGCUGGAAAUCGAGUUCGCCAUCAUGGCCGUCAACCUGCCGAGCGUCAAGGCGCUAUGGAACAAGAUGGUUGGCGGUGGGAGCUCGGCAGGGAGUGGCGCCAUGGGCUACUCCAAGGAGAAUCGGAGCAAGGGGUAUAAGCUGUCGAGUUUUGAGCCCGGGAGCAGAACCGGGGGCUCGAAGAUGCACAAGUCAAGAGGGAGUUUCACAGUCAGCAAACUGGAGCGGGGGAGUGAGAGCGAGGAGGAGCUGUUUCGGCAGGCGGGCAUCGGGGGACAGGGCCUCGGGGGACAGAUCAAGGUGACGACAAAUGUGGCGAUUACGAGUGAUGACAAGGAUGCUGUGGGGGAGCUGGAGAGGCAGGAUGGGCUGGAUGCCAUAGUGCGGGGGGCUUGAGGGGACUUGAAAAAGACAGUAUGUUUUUGGGCGGGUAGAAACAUGUACAUUGCUAUGCGUACCUGGGACUUCGAAUAUCGGCGAGAAUGGAAACAUGGUUGCGCUCUUAUUACCUAGUUUACGAAAACUUCAUAGAUUCCGUAGACUCUUACGAGUAUUGCUGUAAUGCGUAAAUCCUAUUCUUCUAAGCAUGAGGCUCAGCGCGGGG